GUCCGUGGGUGUGCUGGGCGCCUCCUUGCACAGUUCUGCGUGUCCCGAGGCGAGCGAGCAGUGGCCAUGGGCACGCGCGGGCCCUAUGCGCUGGUGGACACCACACCGGCCAAGACCAUCUUGGUGUACCGCAACGGGGACCAGUUCUAUGUGGGCCGCAAGUUCGUGUUCUCCCGGCGUCGCGUAGCCAACUUCGAGGCUCUGCUGGAGCAGCUGACCGAGCAGGUGGAGGUGCCCUUCGGUGUGCGGCGGCUCUACACGCCCACGCGCGGCCACCCGGUGCUCGGACUGGACGCGCUGCAGACCGGUGGCAAGUACGUGGCUGCAGGCCGGGAGCGCUUCAAGAAGCUGGACUAUAUUCAUAUAGUUCCCAGAAAACCUUCAAAGAUGAGAAAGUUGAAGGAAAUCAAGCCGGUGGUCCAUUGUGAUAUCAACGUGCCUUCCAGAUGGCAAAUACAGAGCAGGACAUCCCGAUACAUAAACGUUUUCACAAAUGGAAGAUUAUUUAUCCCUCCUAUAAAAAUUAUUAUACCCAAAUUCAGCCUGUCAGAUUGGAAUAGCGUGCUGGCCAUGAUUGGAGAAAAAGUCUUCCCUCUAGGAGGAGUUCGAAAGUUGUUUACAAUGGAUGGACAUCUUUUGGAUGACUCAAAGAAUUUGCAAGACAAUUAUUUUUAUGUUGCUGCAGGACUGGAGACUUUUAAAUCCAUUCCUUACUGGAAGUCCUCAUGGGUCCCCAGUGAGGUCCAGCAGAGGUUUGGAGGCAAUGAUAAAUACACGCAAACAAAGAAAAGAGUGGAGUCCAAAGUAAAAGAACCUCUUCAAAAUGACAGUGUACCACCUAGAAGUCAGGAUUCUGUUUAUUAUGCCAAAGAGAAAAAGCAGAUGGAUACAGAACUUUUAGUUCGAAGUGGUGCAGAAGGUGAUGUUUAUAAAGCCCAGACUCCGGCUAAGGAGGUCCAAGAAGCCCUGGAAGUUAAAGAGGACCCAGAGGUGAAGGUGGAGGUGCCAGUCGAUCAGGCACCAGCUGAAAUUGUUAAAGAAAUUGACGAGAUAGGCGAUAGCAGCCCUGGCCUGGAGAGCGGCAUGGAAAAGGAAGUGGAAAGGCUUUAUGAAGAUAUUGACAGAAAGUUCAUUGCUUCAUCGAGAACAUGGGACAUUCGUGGGGAUGUGAAGGGAGACCAUUCACGAAUGUCUUUUAAGAAAAGGUUUCCCUUAAGACACCGCAGAAAGAGAAAAGCAUCUCUCAAGAACUUCGGCAAGAAUAAAGAGGUGGUUCCAACGCCUGAAAAAAAACAACAUGACAUUUUAGAAGAAAAAUCCACACCUGUACUGAUAGAAACCCAAGUAGAAGCAGAAGUUCAAAGAGAGCCAUCAAUAGGACAAGAAUCACUAGAAGAGUCAUCAUUAACUCAAGACCAAAGACAUGAGCAACAAGAAUCCCUUGUAAAGUCACCUUUGGGAGCACCAUCCCCAGAACAAAGACCCGAGAAAAAGGAAUCCCCUACGCAAUCAUCCUUGGGUCCAAUACCUCCAAAGCAUCAACUUGAACAGCAAAAGAUACCUGUACAGUUGUCCUUGGGACCACCAUCUCCAGAGCAACAACCUGAACAACAAGAGGUACAUAUACAGUCAUUCCUGGGACUACCAUUCCUAGAGCAGAAAUUUGAACAACAAAUGGUACCUGUACAGUUGUCCUUGGGACCACCGUCCCCAGAGCAACAACUUGAACAACAUGAGGUUUCUGUAAAGUCAUCCUUGGAACCACCAUACCCAGAGAAACAACUUGAACAAGAAUCUCCUGGACAGUUAUUCUUGGGACCAUCAUCCCCAGAGCAGCAACUCGAACGGCAAGAGAUACCUGUAUACUCAUCUUUCAAACCACCAUCUCCAGAACAACAAUUUGAAUGAGAGUCCUCUAAAGAGUCAUCCUUGGGACAGUUCUUAGAACAACCACCUAAGCAAUGAGAAUCUCUUAAAUAGUCAUCUUUGGGACCACCAUUCCAAGAAUAUCUACCCAAGCAACUAGAUCCCAAUGACAGUUAUCCUUGAGAUAACAAUUUCAGAAACAGGUGACUCUGGGACAGCACAUGAAACAAAUACUAUGAUGACAAAACAUCAGCCAUGUUGUGAAGAGAAACAAGUCAGGAACUGGACAGGACCAUAGUCAAAUGAAAAUAAAAUUAGGCAAUUUAUUUUCAUAUUAUGCUGACGUAUGCUAGUAGGGUAUUACAAUUGUCAACCUCAUAUUUUGAUG